AGGCCUUAAAGUCAUACAAAGGCUGUAUUGUAAGAGUAUGUCCGCGUGCUAAGACAUUUGAUAACCUUUUCUAAAUGUUUGACUUGCUUGCAUGUGUCAACCAGCAGCUAGCUUAUGUUAGCCUGGCUAGCUCAGAGGAGAAAGUGUGUUUGCGGUCGUUUUGACAGCUCGUCAGAAUAAGGAAAUACAUUGAGGACAUUUUGAGGUUAAGUUAUACUUGCUCGCGGCUACGUGUUGACAAAUAAGUGGUCUACUAUAAUAUGCAUUAAGGAGUUCAUAAAAGCCAAGGUUAUCCAGCCAGCCGCGUAGAUUGUUUUCGUGGUGUCGAGAGACGUGACGCCAAACUCAGUUUAAAAAUGUCAACAUUUACGCUAAAGAUGCUUUGCUUAUACUCGAUGCUGCAGGAAAUAUAAUAUGACUGACGGCAUGGUGGUAAUGUAUGGGAAAACUAGUCCUUUCUGUGUCAUUUCGGUUCGGCUAAAAUGCUAUCAACUAUCCCGUUAUUCCUACCAAAACACAACAUGUUGGCGGCGGUACCAAGCAGCAUAGUCUCGCAUACAAGCAGCAUAACAUUUAUGACAUUUGGCCUAUUUUAUCGACACAGAUUGCCCUUUGAUGACUCUUUUGAAUGCCGAAAUUAUCUUAACACAUUAACAAUUUCAGAAAAGUUUAAAGUCGUGUUUCCUGAUAUUUCUUACGUGUUUCAGACAGUCACACCAUGUGAAAUUACUCAUUUUCAAAUUAGGAUCGGUUCGCUUUAGAAAAAUCGACCUGUACCUAUUGUCGGUUUGCAUAUUUUACCAGCAAGUAAGUAAGCCAACGAUGAUUUCUGAUGAAAUGAUGAUGAUUUUCUGUCCUCCACAAAAUGACCUCAAAGUGCAAUGUGUCUGAGUGACAAGUUGCUGUCAUGUAGUGACUUGAAAUGCUGAAACUUUCUUCUCCCUCUACCUGUCUGUCAGUAGUCUUGAUCUUGGAUGUAUACAAAAAACAGAGCCGGGGGAUUGGAGAAGAUUUGUGUCUUAUAGUCACGAUUCUUCCGAGAUGGACGUUGGAGUGUCCAAGUCCCAUGUGUUUCUCAACUACAGCCCCAGAGCCCUCUUCUCCCAGUGGAGCAUCCCUCUGGGUGCACGGCGUGUUAUGGAUGCAGUGAAGGAGGGGCACAAAAGCCCCCUGAGCUCGGGCAAAAUGGUGGCUCUGGCUGCGGGGCUCUCUGUUGGGGCCACAGUGGGCUAUAUCGUUUAUCGCCAUAUAAGCAGCACCAACAACAGUCAGGGGCCCAACACUGAGGUGUCCAAGAUGACACUUCCAGUAGAAGUUUAUAGGAACAUAUCCAGAUACCAAGCCAAGUUUUUGGACAUGGUGACCCAGAAGUCUGGAGCUCAUGUGAGGGUUCUGUCAGAUUCAGGGGAGCCUGGAAGUAAGACGGCUGUAUGUUUCCUGCUGCAGGGCUCUAAGGAGCAGGUGUUGCUGGCCCGCUGUGUCCUGGAGAACCUGGUCACUGACUGUGAACCAGUAACUGAGGCUUUGGAGGUUCCUCAGACCGCCUUUGGACGUAUAAUAGGCCGUGGUGGAGAGAGUUUGAAACUAAUCACCAGGACCACAGGAGCCAGAGUAGCUUGUUCCAAAGAGAAGAUACACGGUCCUGGGGCCAAGGGCAGUGUGACAAUCACAGGGACCAGGCAAGAGGUGCAACAGGCCAAGGAGCUGAUUCUAGAAAAAGUCAAAGAGGACACGAUGGUGAGGACAAAGAUCACACAGUCAUCUGCCCAGCGGCAGAAACGUGGCAAUACUGCAGCGAAUCAGAGGCAAGACAGUAAAGAGACUGAAGCACCAGUGGGCCUGAACAACAAUGGUCCAUACGCCCAGACAGAGAAGAAUGGGCUUAUCCAUGCCAAUGGAACCACAGGAGAACCAGAAACUAUUUUUGACAAGUUCAAGGAGCUGAAAAUCACCAGCACAGACAACAACCAGGAAGAAGAGGAGGAGAGUGUCUCUGCUGACUCUCUAUCUGAAAUUUCCAAGUUUGAAAUUCCCAGUCCAGACCUGAGCUUCCAGCCUGAUGAACAUCUAGAAGUCUAUGUCUCUGCAUCGGAGAACCCAAACCACUUCUGGAUCCAGAUCCUGGGGGUUCGUUCCCUUCAGCUGGACAAACUGACAGAGGAGAUGAACCGCUUUUACAACAGUUGCAACCCCACUGAGCAGAGGGUGGAGACCAUAGUGGUGGGGGACAUUGUGGCUGCUCCAUACAAAGACCACGGCUCAUGGAACAGGGCCAGGGUGCUGGGAGUCCUGAGCUCUGGACUGGUGGACCUUUACUAUGUUGACUUUGGGGACAACGGAGAGCUGCCCAGAGACAGCCUCUGCCGUAUGAGGAGUGACUUCCUCAGCUUACCAUUCCAAGCUAUUGAGUGCAACUUAGCAGGAGUGAGACCAAAAGGAGAGAUUUGGACUGAGGCAGCCCUGGAUAUGUUUGAGCAGCUAACAUACUGUGCCUCCUGGAGACCUCUGCAGGCCAAACUCUGCAGCUACUCUCACUCUGACAUCUCCUCCUGGCCCAGUGUCAAGCUCUACGACAACAGUGAGGGCAAGACCAUAGAUAUUGGUGAGGAGCUCGUACGGCUGGGCCAUGCUGUCAGCUUCCAGGAGGCGGUGAACGGGAGGACUGAGGGUGACAAUCUUGGCUGUCUACAGAGGAUGCUGAAUGACGUGAUAGGAGCAUCAUCAGAGCUAAGUCUCUCCUGCAUCAGCUUAUCAGAAGCUGCUUCAAUCUCAGGAAGCGUCGAUGAUGUCAUAGAAGACGAUCUGCUCUGAGCCCAAAGACGUAGACAAAUAUCAAGCACUGACCAUCCACUCCUCGGCAUCAGCUCAGAUGAGAUGGAGACAUUUCCUUGUCUGACCCAAACUCAACCACAUAAAUCCUCAUUGUGAAGCCUUACCAACAGUUCUUCAGCCAUACUUCACUUUAUUGUUGUUACUUCAGUACAAUUCAUAUGUUUUGCCUUUAUGCUGUUCUGUUGCACCUGAUGCUGCUUUGUGUAUAAGUGUUGUUACUAUAUUUUGUGUUCAAGAAAAGAGGAACAAAAACAGAAUGCCAGUAUUAUUUUUGAAAAGCACUGUGAUGAGCUACUGGAACUAGAAGGCAGCUGGUUAGCUAAUAUCGUCUAUUUUUUUCUCUACUUGUAUGUAUAUUAAGAUUUAAUGGCCUACAUAUUGGGCUUUACAAGUUACUAUAUUUUGGAAAUGAAGGCUUACAGUGUUAUUGAAUAUGGUCCACAGAUUGUGUUCAGUAUAAAAAUAUGGAAUCUACUGUACUAUUAACUAAGGACAGAGGAAAGUUGUUGUUUUUCUUCAGAAGUGUUACAGACUGCACUAUAUAUAAUAAAGGAUU